GUUACUGGGAUCGUGUGGAAAUUUGGAUAUUAUUCUUCAAAUUACCGUCAUUUUCCUUCUAAUAAUGGACGCUAGUGCGUUGUAUUAGAGACGUGAAGUGUUUUGUGCCGCCGCACUUGGUCCAUAAAUGUUAAAAGACGUAUGAUGUUGAAAAAUUGUGGGUGAUUUACUUUUGGAUCAUUGUGCAGUUCCGUCGGAAGAUGGAGAGUGGGACUGUGUAGGCUCAUCCGCCAAUUUGGGGCUUCAUUAAGCUCAGUAGUUGACUCUGGAGUAUUAAUAUGUGCCUUGAGGGAUGCAGUGUUCGUCGAACUAUUCCAGUGAUAUUUCUGAGGUGUUAUUUAUGUUGUCGGGAACAAGCAGAACCGUGCGUCGUGGAUUCAAAUUCCAUUAAAUACGAUACUGUGUAGGCUAGUAGACACGGCUUGGUAAACAGGGAGAUAUGGCCGAUCAUCUCGUCGACGGGCCGCCAAACAAGCGGCAGAAAAUGACUGACUCCUUCCAAGGGCCUUCUGACUCGUCCGUACCGUUGGCGCCUUUAAUGAUGCACCAUGCUUACAACUUCGGCUUGGCUACACCUCUGGGGAACAAUGGUGGCAGGGGAACACAACAACCGCAACAGCAACAGCAAUGGAACACGCAGAAGAGAAACUUGUUUACAAACACUACAAUGUUUGCCUUGGAGAAUGAUCUUCCGGAUGAUCUCCUGUCAACUGGCUCGUGGAGUACAUCUAUGGAAAGUGCUAAGCAGCCUCCGCCAGGUCCAGGGCCAGGUUCUGGAGGUCAAGCAGGCACAGCACUCCAGAAUGGGACUGUUGAACAGUCUCAACAAGGUGCUGGGACAACAGCUGAAGGGGCUCGUCAACAUGUAGCAGCACAGCAGCAACAGCAACAACAGACACAGCAGCAGCAACAGCAACAACCACCGCAACAAACUCAACAACCACAACAGCAACAGUCACAGCAGUCUCAGCAGCAACAGCAACUAGUGCAGCAGCAACAGCAGCAGCAUCACCUUCUGCAGCAGCAACAGCAGCAGCAGGGAAACAAAGGAUUGGUGGUCAACUCCAUGGGGCUCACUGCUGGAGCACUUGGCAGUAAGAGCCCCAAUUUACAGUCUGCACCAAAUGUAUCUGUGAGCAAGGGUGUAAACUCAUUAGUAGUUAGCUUGAGCAGUUUGCCCUCCAGCAUAGCUUCAACACAAACAAUGACAGGGAUCAGCAUGGGAAUGAAUAGUGGAGGUGGCAUGAUAAUGACAAGUGCUGUUCAUAAUCCUGUCCAGAAUGGGCCGCUUGUUGUGUCACGAACUGUAGGCUUACAACAACAACCACAGCAACAGCAGCAGCAACAACAAAGCCAUCUUGUUGCAAGGGGACAAUCACCACACCAGGUGCACACAGUUGGAAUAGGUGGACCACGGAUGCAGAAUCCAAAUAUCUCCACAAUCAGCCAGAUGGGUCAAGCUCUUAAUGCUGGCAGCCCUUAUGGAUAUGCUCCUCCAGGUGGGGCUGCAGCAGGGCCACAGGCUGUCAGUGUUCCACCACCUGUUGGAGUAGUUACUCCUCAGCCAAGAUCUACUAUGAUCCCCAACAUGCCGUCGAUCCAGGGUACCCGCUUUGGGGCAUCUCCAGGUAGCUCUUUAGGUGGUCCAGCUGUUGUAGGAGUGACUGGAACAGAAGGAGGCAUUGCACCUCAAGCGCAGCCUCCUGCACCAUCUCCGGCUCAGCCACAGUCUGGAGCACCAAGUGGGAGCCAGCCUGGUCCUCAAACAGCAACCCAGAGUCAGGGAGCACCACCUACCCAGGGUCAAGCUACAGCCACUCCCACCACGACCUCCACUGCCGAUCCUGAAAAAAGGAAGCUCAUUCAGCAACAGCUUGUUUUGCUGCUGCACGCGCACAAAUGCCAGCGAAGGGAGAGUCUCUCUAAUGGAGAAACGUGGCAGGGAAGUCAGUGUACAUUACCACACUGCAAGACAAUGAAAAAUGUGUUAAACCACAUGACUACGUGCCAGGCAGGAAAGUCUUGUUCAGUUGCACACUGUUCCUCUUCGCGGCAGAUAAUCUCACACUGGAAGCACUGCACUCGGACAGACUGCCCUGUAUGUUUGCCACUGAAACAGGCUGAUAAAAUACGGCAUCAGCAAAAUAUCGUAUCUAAUCAGGCUCCCAGCAAUCAACCAACGGCAUCUGAUAUGAGAAGAGCAUAUGAUGCCCUUGGUAUUCAGUGUCCCACAACUGCUGCACCAGGUGGCCUUUUAACCCCUAGUAAUGUGGUGAACAGAGGACACCGCAUGGUCGCUCCUGGUCUUGGUGUUGGGCCAGCUCAGCCUAAUGUGGUGGGUGGUGCAGUUAGAGUUGCCGCACCUCCUCACACGCAAGUUCAAGGUCAGAGUGCAGCUCAAACUGUUGUGGCACCUAAUGUGUCCCUCCCACUAUCAUCAGACCCUACCUCACAGCAGCCACCACCGACACAAGGCCCAGUUUCAGCUGCAGCUCAGGCUGCAGUCGCUACCAUUCAGCAGACAGUUGCAAAUAUGCAAAAUUCCUUGUUUGGGCUUGGAGGUGCUGAGCCACAAACAUCAGCAGCACAGCUCGCUGCAGAGAGCCGACUUGCAAAUUUGCAGCUGCCAGCUGUCUUCCCACCAGGUCAAGUCACUGCAACACCUGUACAAGGGACCAAAGAGUGGCAUCAGUCUGUCACCCCUGAUUUGCGAAAUCAUUUGGUGCACAAGCUUGUCCAGGCAAUUUUUCCAACUCCUGAUCCACAAGCUAUGUUGGACAAGAGGAUGUACAACCUUGUAGCAUAUGCUCGAAAAGUAGAAGGAGAUAUGUAUGAAAUGGCUAAUUCUAGGUCUGAGUACUAUCACCUAUUGGCUGAAAAGAUAUACAAGAUUCAGAAGGAACUAGAGGAGAAAAGACAGCGACGUAAAGAACAGCAGCAACAGGAACUGCAGCGGCAACAGCAGCAGCAGCAACCGCAACCACAGCAGCAACAGCAACAGCCACAACCUCAACUGAGGCCGACGGCCCCAACAGUGCCAUCAAAUGUACAAAUACGACCCACAGCUGCAGCACCAGGUGUCCCUCAUGGAGGAACAUUAACAGGACUUCAACAGCCAACUCGUCUGCAGUUCCCAGCACAACCCACACAGCAGCAGCAGCAGCAGCAGCAGCCACAACAGCCACCUCAACCACCACAACAGCAACAGUUGGUCGUAGGACCACCUGGUCCUAGCCCCACAGGAACUUCCGUAACAUCAAAUUUGUCGAGUACAGCUUCAUUUGUACCGCCAACAAGUGCAACUGCAGCAGUGACAACUAGUCAGUUCAACAAUGGCCUGGCAGUAUCUCCCACUGCACAGUUCUCAGAUCAGGUGAAAGCAAGAGUUGCAGGUGGCAACACAACUCCUGGUGCACAGACACCUCCAUCGGCUACCUCCCAGUUCACUCUCCAGACCCAAUUCUCAAAUGCAGCAGCUGCUCCAAGAGUUUCUGUUGUCCCAUCUGCAGCAGGCCAAGGUUCAGACAGUGUUUCAGUUUCAGGUCCCUCCCCAGGUCUUUCUCAGACUGUUAGCUCAGCAGCUUUGCCUUGUCCUACAGCACAAGUUCCACAGCUUGUUCCCCAAAGUGCCCCUGGAUCUACAACAGGAUCUGUUGUUACACCAUCAAUGACCCAACAGCAGUUAGCAAGUCUAGGAAAGGGAAUGCCUGCAGCAGAGCGAGCUGCUCAGUCACGUCCCACGACAAGUGGUUUGUCCAGCCAAAUGGCAGCCAUUGCAGCUUCUCUCAAUGAGGAUGUGGAUUCACCACCUCCAGCUACAAAAGGAAAGCUGGAUAAUAUGCAUGCAGAUGGAGAAAAUGAUAUUAAAUCGGAAAUAAAGCAAGAGAAUGAUUUGAACGAUCAACAUGACGGUGGAGGUGGGAAAGGUAUUAAUAUAGACAGCAUCAAGACAGAGAUUAAGACUGAACCAAUGGAUGACUGCAACACUACAUCAGAAAGUAAUGUCCUUGUUAAAGAGGAAGUUGUAACAAAGGAAGAGCCAGUAACGCCGAUGUCGUCAUCCAGUAUUGAAAAUGCAGCAGCUGAUAUUAAACCAACUGUUCCUGAGCCUAGUCAGGGCGGAGGUGCAAGUGGUGCAACAGAUAAAAAGAAAAAGUGCUUGUUCAAGCCAGAUGAACUUCGACAAGCCCUAAUGCCAACACUAGAGAAACUAUACAGACAAGACCCUGAGUCUCUCCCAUUUCGUCAGCCUGUUGAUCCACAAGCGUUGGGGAUUCCUGACUAUUUUGAUAUUGUAAAGAAGGCAAUGGACUUGUCCACUGUGAAACGGAAACUGGAUACUGGGCAAUAUUCAGAUCCCUGGGAAUAUGUAGAUGAUGUCUGGCUGAUGUUUGACAAUGCUUGGCUAUAUAAUAGGAAGACAUCUAGAGUUUAUAGAUAUUGCACUAAGUUAUCAGAAGUAUUUGAGCAAGAAAUUGAUCCUGUCAUGCAAGCAUUGGGCUAUUGUUGCGGUCACAAAUAUACUUUCAAUCCUCAAGUGCUUUGCUGUUUUGGCAAACAAUUGUGUACUAUACCAAGAGAUGCAAAAUACUAUUCAUAUCAGAACAGAUACACCUUUUGUCAGAAGUGCUUCAACGACAUCCCUGGAGACACCGUCACCCUCGGCGAUGAUCCAACCCAGUCUCAAACUGUGAUCAAAAAGGAUCAGUUCAAGGAGAUGAAGAAUGAUCACCUUGAAUUGGAACCUUUUGUAGAAUGUACUGAUUGUGGACGGAAGCUGCAUCAGAUAUGUGUUCUUCAUUUGGACCAGAUAUGGCCACAAGGGUUUUGUUGUGACAAUUGUUUGAAAAAGAAAGGCCUGAAAAGGAAAGAGAAUAAAUUCAAUGCUAAAAGAUUACCAGCUACCAAAUUGGGUACAUAUAUUGAGACAAGAGUUAAUAACUACCUUAAAAAGAAAGAAGCUGGAGCUGGUGAAGUCUUCAUAAGAGUGGUUUCUAGUUCUGACAAAAUUGUCGAAGUCAAACCAGGAAUGCGCAACAGAUUUGUGGAUGCUGGGGAGCUACCAGAACAGUUUCCUUACCGUGCAAAAGCACUUUUUGCUUUUGAGGAAGUGGAUGGAGUGGAUGUGUGCUUUUUCGGCAUGCAUGUCCAGGAAUAUGGUUCAGAGUGCCCAAGCCCAAAUACACGCCGAGUGUACAUAGCGUAUUUGGACUCCGUUCAUUUCUUUCGGCCACGUCAGUUUCGAACUGCGGUAUAUCAUGAAAUACUCUUGGGAUACCUGGAUUACGUCAAGCAGUUGGGAUAUACCAUGGCCCAUAUCUGGGCAUGCCCACCAUCAGAAGGGGAUGAUUAUAUAUUUCAUUGUCAUCCAGCUGAACAAAAGAUACCUAAACCGAAGAGACUUCAAGAAUGGUACAAGAAGAUGUUGGAUAAAGGCAUAAUAGAGAGGAUAGUCCUUGAUUAUAAGGAUAUUCUGAAGCAAGCAGUGGAAGAUAAAUUAAUUUCAGCAGCUGAACUGCCAUAUUUUGAAGGUGAUUUCUGGCCAAAUGUUUUGGAGGAGAGUAUAAAAGAACUUGAUCAAGAAGAAGAGGAAAAGCGCAAACAAGCAGAAGCUGCAGAGGCUGCUGCCAAUGCUAUAUUUUCACUGCAAGAAGAAAGUGAAACAGGACCUGAUGGCAAAAAGAAAGGUCAAAAAAAGGCUAAAAAAUCGAAUAAAUCUAAAGCCAAUCAGCGAAAAAACAGUAAAAAGUCAAAUACACCGCAGACCGGAAAUGAUCUUUCAGCAAAAAUUUUUGCUACAAUGGAAAAGCAUAAAGAAGUUUUCUUCGUAAUCAGGCUGCACUCUGCGCAAUCUGCUGCCAGCUUGGCACCCAUUCAGGAUCCUGAUCCAUUUAUAAACUGUGAUCUUAUGGAUGGAAGAGAUGCAUUCUUAACAAUGGCACGUGAACGCCAUUAUGAAUUUUCAUCAUUGAGGAGAGCCAAGUUUUCAUCUAUGUCAAUGCUUUAUGAACUCCAUAACCAAGGACAGGACAGAUUUGUAUAUACUUGCAAUAAUUGCAAGGGUCAUGUAGAAACGCGUUACCAUUGCACUGUUUGUGACGAUUUUGACCUGUGUGUUCAGUGCUAUGAGAAAGAUGGGCAUCCUCAUAGGAUGGAGAAACUUGGCUUGGACUUGGAUGAUGGCUCCUCUCCUUCAGAUCAGAAGCAAGCUAAUCCUCAGGAGGCGCGAAAACUUUCAAUACAGCGUUGCAUCCAAUCAUUAGUACAUGCAUGCCAGUGCCGUGAUGCCAACUGUCGCCUGCCCAGCUGUCAGAAGAUGAAGAGAGUUGUGCAGCAUACAAAGAUAUGUAAAAGGAAGACAAAUGGUGGCUGCCCCAUAUGCAAACAGCUUAUUGCACUUUGCUGUUACCAUGCAAAGCAUUGCCAGGAAACAAAAUGUCCGGUGCCAUUCUGUUUGAACAUCAAACAUAAGCUGAAGCAGCAGCAACUCCAGCAAAGAUUGCAGCAAGCACAUCUGCUACGAAGGCGCAUGGCAGCAAUGAACACUAGGACAACAUUACCUGUUGGUCCACUACCAGGUAGUUCAGGGGCAGCAGGGGUGCUUGGUGCUGGUGGUGCAGGUUCAGCAGUUAGUCCAGUGGGUGUUCUUGGGCCAGCAACAUCAGGUGCUGGCAUGGUAGUUGGUUUGCAGCCUCCACAUCAACCAGGCAUUGGUUUGAAACCAGGUGCACAGACUCCCAAUGCCAAUGUCCUGCAGGUUGUAAAACAGGUCCAAGAAGAGGCUGCAAGACAACAGGCACCUCAUGCUCAAGUGGGGUAUGGGAAAGGAAAUCCUCCAGGUGUUGUCACUCAGGCAAUGGCUCAAGUUAUGCCACCUCCUCAGAUACAAAGAGCUAUGGGUCAAAUGGGUCCUAACCCCGCUACUCACCUUAUGCCUAUGGAUCAGUGGACUCCAAGAUAUGCGGCUCAAGGAUUGCCACAGAAUCCAGGAUUGAGGCAGCCAUCACCUCAGUUGAUCCAGCAGCAGCAGCAGCAGCCUCAACAAGUUGUUCAAGUCACACCUCAGGCACCCCAGUUGGCUGGUCUUGGUCCAGGGGGGCACUUAGGUAUUCGUAGUGCUCCUGGUGUGGCAACACAGGGUGCAGCUGGGGGACCUGGAACUGGUUUACAAAAGCAGGCCCUCCAGCAACUGUUGCAAACACUUAAGUCACCAAACACUCCAGAGCAGCAGCAACAGAUCCUCCAGAUUCUCAAAAGCAAUCCACAGCUGAUGGCAGCAUUCAUAAAACAACGGCAGGCAUACCAAAACCAGCAGCAGCAACAAGCUGCUGCAGCACAAGCUGCAGCUGCUCAGCAACAGGCAGCAGUUACUGGGGCAAAUACUGGUGUUCUUGCAACUGGACAGCAACAGCAGUUGCAGCAUCUAAUGUCCCAACAGCAGCAGCAGCAGCAACAACAACAACAACAGCAGCAGCAGGUAGCAGCUGCAGGUCGAAUGCAGCAGAUGCAAGCCAUGCUUGGCCAAACAACGCCAGCCACACCGCACCAUUGGUACAAGCAGCAACAGCAGCAGCAGCAACAACAACAGCAGCAGCAGCAGCAACAACAACAGCAGCAGCAGCAGUUACUGGCCAUGCAGAGACAUCAAUCUUUUUCACAGCCUCCUGCACCUGUUUAUGGACAACAGCAGCAGAGGCCUCGGCAACAGCAUUUAGUUGGUGCAUAUGCGGGUGCCGGCUUCCCCACAGUGCCCGAACAACAGCCAGCACAGUAUCAGCAACAGCAGCAGCAACAACAGCAACAGCAGCAGCCCCCUUUGAAACCCACACCUCCACCAGCACCAUCACCACAAGGUGUUAUGGGCCCACCAGGUGGAGCUGUGCAGUUGAUGCAGGCUGUGCGAUCCCCUCCACCGAUUCGUUCCCCUCAGCCGAACCCUAGUCCGCGGCCAGUCCCAUCACCUCGAAAUCAACCAGUGCCAUCUCCUCGUGGUGGUGGCCCUGUGCCUUCACCUCACCACCACCAUUCACAGCCAACACACUCUCCGGCUCAUGAACUAACGGGGGGAGAAAUGAUGCUUACACAGGGACACGGGCCUGUCACACACCACCCUUCCCCAGUUGCUGGUGCAAAUGGUCAGGGUCCAAGUGACUCCAAUGAAGUACCACCAAUGACUCCUCAGGACAAGCUUACUAAGUUUGUGGAACAGUUGUAGUAGUACCAGUGUAGUAAAAUGUACUUAAAUUUUGUUGUGUCCCAAUUUUCGUACGAUAAAAGCAACAUAUACUUUCAUGAAAGUUUGGAAGUAUGUGGCAAGCUUUUUGAUGGGGGAAAAGUAUUAAAUCCCGGUUGCACAGUAACCGCGACGUGUUUUGUGAAAACUGUUCAUGUGUACAGUUCCCGUACGGUGCAUUAUAUUACAGUAUAAAGAUAGAGAAUUACCAGGUGCAUCCUAAUAUCCACUGUGUCCUGUGUGUAGUGUAGUUGUAUAAAUAAAAAUGUACAAUGUGUGGAACCUGCGCCAUCCCCUCCCUCCACAACCCUACAUUAUUUUAUUUAACAGACUUUGAACCAUACUGAUCCCAAAGCUGAGGAAGGAAAAACAGCACUGCCUAUUUCACGUUUAUCUUGCUGUGGACACCAUCUGCGUGUGGUGAUAUUUCAGUAGUUGUAAAUAGUCAAUGAAUGAAAUUAGUUUAUCAGGGAAGGGAAGGGGGAGGCACUGUGAACUUUGUAAACUAUGAAUUAUUGGCUUAGCAAGGCUGUGUUUUGUUUCUUUUUUUCUUUGUGCAGACAUUAAAGGUGUAAUAUUAGAACACUGAGAUUUGUUGCAUAAUAAAGCAUCUGAACAAAUAGUAAAUAUCUGUAAUGUUCAAAGUGCAAGAAAGAAACUAUACUUCUUAAACUAUUAGUAAAUUAAAUUAAUGAAACAGAAUGGACUUUGGUGCAUCAAAAUGAAUAGAAUUUGUUAAUUUUAUUUUACAAAAUGAACAAAACAAACAAAAAAAAACAGGAAGUGUUAUCUUACCUUUCUGAGACAUUAAUAAAAAUUGAAAAAAAUGAAUAUUUCCUGCUAUUAUAAAUCUACAUUAACUGCAUCAGUCAGGCUGAUCUUGUAAAAGUCAGGUAUGAAAUAUUGUGUAAUAUAAGCUGCAGUACUUUGCCCAUGCUUUUUCCUUUGUAAAGGAAGAAGGCGGUAAUAGUAAAAUACUUUUUGUUUUCAUUUAUCACAUUUGAAUUUAUUCAAAGAAAAUUUGUAUAGUUAGGUGAUAAAGAAAGAAAGUAGAUUUUGGAGUUCAGAGCAGUAGAUAUAGAACUGCAUUCCCAAUCCAUAGGACAUCCUACCCAGCAACCCAUAGCCAGGUAUAUCUGGCACAUUCUCUCUUAGAAAAUUUAUUUUAGAAACAAUUUCCCUGUUUUCUAGUGACUUGAACAAUCACAGAUUAAAAUUGCAGACUUCAUUCCAUUCAACAAAAAAUUGCCUUGCAUUUUCUGUGGAAUGUACCUGGAAAAAAUGCAGUAAUUUGCGUUACAGCAUAUGCUUGUGCUAUGAACAAAGCAUGAAGACAACUCUUGGCUUCUGAAGAGCUUUGUCUUUUUUACUACCCCCACCCCUACACCCAGGCAAAAUUGCAUGAAGAAAUAUAUUGGGAGGACAUGAGGUUGCAAAUUUUGUAUCAGUGUUCACUCCUGUAUUGCUCCUUUUACUUUGUGUAGUACUGUGCAUUUAAAAGUGCUGCAGAAUUCUUACUUUUUAUUGUUACUUGUAUUAUUACUUUUAUAAUGUUUGUUUUGUUUAAAAAACAGUAGCUCCUUAAUUGCUGGUAAUAAGAGAAAUCUGAAAUUUCUUGUUUCCAAUACUUUCUGUACUUCCUGCAUGUCCAUGAGGAGGCAAACGUUGCCCUUUUGGGACAGAUAUGCCUGUUGUUGUUUUUUGUUCUUUUUUAUUGAUCAGUAAUGGGACAGAGAGAUUUUUGAAAUAUACAUUCAGUGUAUGGAUCAUGAGAUCUCUUACAUAGAGUUUUGUAAAUCACACAUUGAAAAUUUUUGGUAACCCUACUACACUGUAUAGUUAGUUCUGUGAGUAUAAUAAUGAGAAGGAUUUUUCAGUGAGAAUGAUCUAAAUCUCAUACAUGCAUACAUAUGUUAAUUUAUGUACAGUUCAUAUAUCUUGCAAUAUAAGUUCAACAAUCAAAUUGAAGUGAGAUCUCAAAUUUUUAAUGUUUUUAUUUUUGUUUAUUUUUAUUGAAAGAAAUGAUGUAAUUUAAAGUGUAUUGCUGGUGGAGUAUAAAAUAUAUUUGUAGCAGGCACAAGGUUGUGAUGUUAAUAGGGCAGUAAGGACAUAUAUUGUGUCCUAAUCUCCCCUCCACCCAUGUAUUAAAAUGACUGUCCAGAAACACUUUAACAAUGCCCAACUUGAUUGGAAAGGGUAUUUCAGUGGCAUUAAAUUUUUAAGAUAUUUGCAAUGCUGUAAAUAUUUAAAAAAAGAAAGGACUUUUUUACCCAUUAAAAAUUCUUUGAUGGGCUUACAGAGAUUUCAUAUCUGAUACUGAUUAUGUCAUUAAAAGUAGCACAAACAGUAAGAAACUAUCCUGUACUAAAGAUUUAAAAGAAAUAUCACUUUUUCUCAGCAUUCUUGGUCCUUGAUAUAUUUAUUGCCUGUACCCAUUUCAGAAACAUACGUCUAAAAAAAACUGCGUUGAACAAUCAUGCCAUGGAAUAAAUAUUGCUUUGUGUGUUUCCAGAUGUGUUAGCAUUUUAUGGAUGCAGUAGUUUUUAUUUCUGUCAUUGGUAUGUAUUAUGUUACCAGUAGACACAAAAUGUUAUUGAUGUUCCUGUAUGGUAGUGUGCACGUAGUGCCUUACUGUUUAAUAUAUUUUUUAAGUAUGAUUCUGCUGGUAUUUGUGCAAAAGGUCUGUUACAUGACAUUCAGUGAAAAUAGUUGAGAGUAGGUUUGACAUUUAAUGUACUGAUUCUUGGCAAGAGCAGCAUAGUGUGGAAUUCAUUGUGUAAUUGUUUGUAGGCAGCUGUGUGCUGCAGGUAUUCAUGCAUGUCAUGGUUAUUAUCUUUGUUCAUUUGGGGUAUUCAGAAAAUUAAUUGUUUUUUGUAUUAUACUUUCGGUUGCUUAAAUUUCAGUUAAAUGAAUUCUUUUUAUUCCACAUUGUGUUGCUCUUUUUUGCUACAAUUUUGCGAUGUGAAAUAGUAUGUUUGUUUAAGAGUGCAUGCCCAUUAUCUUUGCUGUUUGGAACACUUGCUUCUUUUAAGUAGUAAUUUUAAGUGUUCUAUUUAUUGUUGCUAUCUUUGAACAUAAUCAGUGAUCAGGUUGUUGAGAUCAUUCUGUGAAAGCUCUCCAAGUAAAUAGUAAUUCCUGUACUGUUCUUCAAAGUAUCUUAGAGAAAUCAUUCAAGAUUUCUUCAAGACGAAAACAACAGGAUCCGAUGAGGGUUGAUAGCCAUUGUAUUAUAGUUUCUCCAGUAUGAUAAGUCAUUUGUACAAAUGCAUUAUUAAAUUAAUAAAUUUCAGCUAUUUAUCAAUGA